CACUUCCUGUUCCAAAAAUAUAUAUGAAAAGAUGCUGCUGUUAAAAAGCUGCAAUACCUCAUCCUGGUAUUGUGCAGCAUGACUCCCGUAUCUCAUCUGUGUCAUUCAAACAGUCUUCUCAAGAGCAGAAUAAUGAAUUCCGCAUAAAGAUAGUGUUGAUAAAGAUCUGGGUAAGUGGGAACAAUUACCAAGAGCUUUCAAGUGGUGAAGUCUCAUUCAAUGCUCAGUUCUGUAAAUUUUGAGUAACUUGGAAUUUACUGAAAUACUUCACUGAAUUUACUGAAAUUUACCAAUCUGAAAUACUUCAACAACUUGUAAUGUCAGCGGUGGGAAUGGCUUGUACCCUCCUCACAUCUUAAUAUGCAUGGAAUACACAAGGCCAAUCUGAGCCACAUGUGGCCUUCAGGAGUUUUUGUGUAGCCUGUCAAAAGAUGCUAAAAGGACUUCUGCCGUGACUGCCAACAUUGCUGCAACCCGGCAAAUGACCAAUGAGCCACCAAAUGUGGUGGAGCAGCUGCUCUUGCUGCUGGGGCCUCUUGAGUGCAGGAGCCAGAAGAAAGUAAGAGAAACUGCUGGAUCAGACCAAGGGUCCAUCUACUAUCCGUCAUUAGAUUAGAUUAGAUUUUAACACCGGAAUGUUUUCGCUCAGCAGCAAACCAGCUGCACACAGGAAACCUACAGGUGGGACAUCUAUUGGUUUGCUUGCUUGUAUUCUCCUUUAUUCCUAAAAGAAACCUAAGGAAGCUUACGUAAUCCACCCGCUUUCCAUUUUAUCUUCACAACAACCCCAUGAGGUAAGUCAAAACAUGAAUGCAACAGCACCCUCCUGCUUAUGUUCUCCAAAAACUGGUGCACGGAAGCAUGCUGGCUGUGAUGCUGGAGGCAGCUGUCAGGAUAAGGCGAUUGAUAGCCUCAUCUUCCAUUAAUUUGUCCUGUCUUCAUUUAGAGACAUCCCAGUUGCUGGCCAUUGCUACAUCUUCAACAGAUUCCAUACUUUUAUUAAGCACUGUCUGAAGAAGUACUUCCUUGUGUAGACUCUGAAUGUCUCACCAAUCAGUUUCAUGGGAUGACCCCAGGUACUCGUAUUAGGAUGAGGAGAAAAAUGUCUCCUUAUCUGUUAGCUCCACACCAUGCCUUAAGUUGGCUCCCCUUACUAAGCCAAACAAUCCCUGCUGUUGUAAACUUUCCUCAUAAGGGAGUUGCUUCAAUUGCCCCUUUCAGCUCUUUUUCCAAACCUAUACAGUAUACGUCCGUGAAGUCGUGGUUCAGCGUUCGCGGCUUCGGUCUUUCACAGGAUUUUUCUCUGAGCGAGUCCAAGCCAAUCUUGCAAGUAAGCCAGCACCUCCCCGUGCAGCAGCUUACUUGCAAGGAGAUUGUUUCCUCAGAGUUUGGACUCACUCAGAGAAAAUCUCUGUGCGCGCACCCCCCACCCGCACUGCCUUGGCGGCCGGCGCCCAUCACUGGCACCAAAUUCAUGGUUUUUCACAAUUUGUGGGUGCUUUAGGAAUGUAACCCCUGCAAAUUUCAGGGGAUUACUGUACACUGUUUUAAUUGUGGUUGCAACAUAGAUCUGUAAACUGGAACAAGAUCUUGGUAGUUGUACUUUCAUUACUUUCCUAAUUACACCUAAUUUUUUUUUGCAGCUGCUGCAGAAGGGGUUGACAUUUUCUGCUAGCUGUCUACCACAACCCCAAGUUCUCUUUCUGGGUCAGACACUACUACCUCAGAUCCCAACCAGCUUAAGCCUUGAUGGCUGUUGGUUGUGUUUGUCCUGGUGUUUGUUACUAUAUACUUGCUUUCAUCAGUGGUUUUCAACCUUCCCACAGCUGGGGACUGAUAAAAACAGGGAAACCAGCUCGGGGACCAUUGAGGCAGAAACAGAAAGCACCACACACACAAUACAGCAUUCUGUGUAUUAGUUUCCAAACACAAGGCCAAAAAACGCUAAAACAACCAGAAACAGCAGCAAAAAAUACCAGCAAAAGAACAAAAUACUAAAAUUGGCGUGGUGUGGCUCCCACCCGGCUCCCACCGAGCCAUCUCUCCCGUCCCUGGGCCUUCCAGUGGCAUCAGCACACCCCCAUGAAUGUGAUGCCAACUGAGGAAGAGGUGGCGGAGCACAGCCAGCCGCCAUGCUGGUCUCGCGAGUGGGAUGUGGGCCCCCGAUGGCCCAGCAGGAAAUCUCCCACAGACCAGUGGUUGAAAACCACUGGCUUACAUGAACAGCAUUUGCCAAUUUGAUCUCCUUUGGCAGUUAAGAGAGAUUUUUUGGAACUACUCACAAACUUCUGCUAAGUAAUUUGUUAUCCCCAGCAAACUUGGCCUCUUCGCUGCUCAUUCCUAACUCCAGAUCAUUUAUGAACAAGUGGGAAAGAUCUAUGUAGGAUCUUAGUGCUCACAUUCCUUCACUGGAUGAAUUUGCUAUUUAUCCUCACUCUCUGCUUUCUGAUUUUAACUAAUUAUUGAUCCAUAAGAGGACUUCUCUUAUUCCAUGACUGCUAAAUUUGCUCCCACUUUUGUCACCACUGUUUGCCUCCAUUCAUUGGGCUGCCAGAUGCUCAAGCAGGCACUGUGGCCACGCCACUCAGCUGUUGCAAAUGACAGGUGUUGCAAAGAAGAAAAGAAACUUUAACUCUGGUUGUUGUUUGCAUUGCAGCCGAGAAAAUGACUCACGCUUUGGCCCUGUGUCCUUUCAAUACGCUGCCUCCAAGCACGGAAAGCAGCCCUUGGCAUGAAAGAGGCUAUGCCCCCUGGGACAGUCCUUAGCAAAGGACACAUUUCAGCUUCACUUCCCCAGGCAGGAACCAGGAUGAGCUCCACAUCAGUGGAAGGACGGUACAUGCAAAGAUGAGCAAGAUAAUCAGCCCUUCCUCAACUGAGAAAGAUUCACUACAGGCUUGGUUCAUCAGAGCACCCACACUACCUUUUGCUGCCACUAAGGAGUUGAGAGUCAUUCCAGUUCACAAAACUAAUCCAGGCAAAGAAGAUACUUCUAUCUGAAGUAUUUCAAGUAUUUUACUACCAAGGGGUUUUCAAUGGCACUCUUUUUUCGGGUGAAAUACCCCAUGAUUCUAACAUCUGGUGAGUCAACUUGCAGACCUAUGACAAUGCGGGAUAAAUGACAUCUUCCAGUCUAAUCAAAUGGGAGGGUUUUAUAGGCCUUAUUGCCACACUGAAAAAAAAAGGCAAGCUAUGGUCCUAAUCUGUAGAGUAACAUAUUCCUUAACCCUGAAUGGCCACCUUCCAUAAUCCAAUAGGCAUUGCAUAUGGAAUCCACUGGUUCUCCUUUGGAACAUAAAUUCCUUCUGCAAACAUAGGAGUACACUGGAGUACUGGAAGCAUUCUAGCUCAAAAUGGAACCAAGUAUAUCCCGUAUAUCAUUCUCAGCAGCUGCUGCUAUAGGCUUUAAUGGGGCCAUGAAAACCUUAGUAACUUUUGAACCACCGCUCAGAAUGUUGCCAAACAGAUGAAAGAUUGCCUUCCUCAGCAAGCCUGGAUAAAGCAUAUCAGUAGUUUCCACCCACAUUGGAAAGAAAUGCAUGUUUUAUUUAAAAAGAUUGAUUUUUUUCCAGUUUCAGGACCAUUUAAUUUGUUAUAUCUGUGGCAAAAUUUAUUAGAUUACUUGAAAUUUGCAUAGCUGUACAUCAUGGGUGCCAAGUUUCAAGUUAUUAGCUCAACAAGUGUCAUCUUCAUAUACACAACAGACAUUGGUGGUUUUAAACCUUUUAUACUCCUCCUGUGCCUCUUUACUAUUAAAAAAAUAUAGAUGGGGUGCAUACAAGAAGAUGCACUAGCUCUUCAGUCCCAUUCACAUUCAGUGCAGCUUACCUCUGGAUAGGUAUCAAUUCACAGGAUCACUGAACCAGCUGUGGCUUUUUAAGCCUUUGUGGUGCAUGCCCACAACCAUUUUGAACAUUCAAGACAUGCUGGGCAGUGCACCCUGCUAUUGACCAUGCUACCACCACCCCUUUGCUGGUUUCAGACAACACAAUAACCCAGGAGCACUACUUGCUGCAGUUUGAAUAUUCAAAACGGUCACCAGUUCACACCACAACCCAUCAAUGGCUGCAUCAAUUCUGUGAACAGACCCAUUGGACCCAUUGUAUUGAAUUGUAGUGUCAGAUUUUAGAGAGCUAAAGGAAAACAUGGAGUGACAAUAGUAACAGCCAACACAGUGCUGCAGUAAACCACACACAGGAAACAAACUCCAGAUGCAUGAUAAAUUGCCUUGACAGCACCACACUACCUGUCCUGCCACCUCAGAGCACAGAGCAUUUGCUAAGUAUGCUGCUGAAACCACAGCCAUAAACAAGUGUCUGGUUAUUUUUGAAGCUUAGCACUCUGUCUUGCCUUCUCUACUUCAGAAAAAGUGCUAGCAGCUCUUGAUAAAAAUCUAGGACUUUGUUGGUACCAUGAUUUGCCGGAAUUGUCCUCUCUAACAAAAGUAGAAACAAUGACAGAAGCUUGUGCCUUUCUUGUGUACAGGGAAAGCAAAUUUUCUGAGUUUUUGAAGAUGAACAAGAACAAUCCUACUAAUGCUUCCUUGCAUUAGGAACUGAGAAAUAACUGUCCUAUAUUACUGUCCCCAUUUCUCAGGGAGAGGGAGGGGAAGCAGAGAAAUAUAUUCAUAGUGCUGACCUAGGAGAAUUGUUAGCUGCACCCCUGAAAGGAAUUGCUAAUGUGGAAUAGUGGUUAGAGUUUUGGACUGGGACUUGAGAGAUCUGAGUUCUAGUGCAGGUUCAUUGGGUGUCUUUGGUCGUCGUGGACAUUUGGCCUCCAUUCGGCCUAUAACCCACCUCACAGAGUUGUUGUGAAGAUAAAAUGGGGAGGACCAUGUAUGCCACCUUGGGUUACUUGGAGGAAAUUAAGGCAGCAUGUAAGUGUAAUAAGGUAAUAACAGAUGAACAAAAUUGCUAUCCACUUAUUAUAAGUUGGGGCUAAAGGAGGGCACAUUAUAACAGCCCUGUAAUGUAGUUUGCGGUUAAUAUUCCCAUAGGCAGAGAGAACCCCUACCUGGCUCUUUCCAGGCAUGUUCGUGGGCUGGGGAGGAUCGCCAAUGGGUCCUUUAGGGGAUAGGGGUUACAAUACCCUCUGUUAUGAUUCUACACUUCAGGUGGCACUGCGCUGGACAGUGAUUGACAGUUGCCCCCUCUUUAAAGGCUCGCCCAACAUCCCAGAUACAGGCUCUUCUACUCCAACCUGCAAAAGAGAACAGUGAUACAGCUGAUUCGUAUACAAAUUUCCAGUGCACUCAUGUCCAUCUUUUGGAGGGUAAAAUCGUCAUUUUUGUUGGAAUUUCUACGAAAAGAACUCCCACACGAACCCAUACUUUGGGUGGCAGCAAAGCUCUACGGUGAAGACACGCACUUCACGCACCCCACGAGGCGGAGACAAAAACGGCAUCCCGAAUCGAUCGAGAAAAGAGGUCAGAGGAAGAAGUCCGGCUUAUCUGCGAGGAGCCUUCUGGGAUAGCUGAGAUAACAGAUCAAAACUAGUAUGGAAGAUUCUGAUGGGGACUUUUCUAACCAGAGAGAAGCCAUUCUGUUUGAAUUAUAUACUAAUCAGAUCACUACAAAGAACCUGCUUUAAACUCCCUGGACAGUUGGAAAACAUAACUGGCUGCAGCAGGACCUAAUUCAAGUUAGCAGAACCAAAUAAAUACCCAACGAUGGGAGAUGAAGGUGCAGGAGAACCUUUUGUGGGUAUUGUGGCUGGUGGGGCCACAGAUUAUGAGGGUGUUCUUCCCUCAGAUACAAUUUCUUUGAGUGAUUCAGAUUCUGAGGACUUUGGGUUUGCAGGUGAUGCUGAAGUCGAUACGGUAUCUCCUGAGGACUCCCUUCCCUCGGAUGAUGUGGUUGGUGGAUCAGAAGAAAGUAACAAUGCUCUGAACAGGGACCAGAAAUCACAGGUCCAGCCAUUCCAUCUGAAAGGCAUGAGUUCCAGCUUUUCCCAGCGUAGCCAGAGCAUUUUUGACUGUCUGGAAGGGGCAGCCAAACAGGCAGUGCCCUCAAUGGCUGAAGACAAUGUAAUUGAUGGAAGGUUUAAGCGCCCCCUCCCUCCACCCAACGUUUCCAACAAGAUACCCAUGGAAAGCCCAGGAAGGCAAAGGAGGCCCUCUCCAUUUCAUAUAAGGUCCCAAACAGUUCCUGACUACAUAGUACAUCCAGAACGUUGGACGAAGUACAGCUUGGAGGAUGUGUCAGAGUCCAGUGAUAAGACCAACAGGUCAGCUGCCAUGGAGUUCCUGGAAGGCUUGACAAAGAGCAGAGGGGAACAAAGCUCCACCUGUCCUGAAGGCUAUGCCCCAUCUUUUAACCAGGAUCCCUCCAGCUCUGGUGCUGGGAGGAUUGUCUUUACAAAACCCACAAAGCUAGGUUCAGAUCGUUCAGAAAGGAAAAGAGCAGCUGCAAAGGAGAAUGAAGAGGCCAAGCCAAUCAAUCUAAAGCAGGAGCUCAAAGGAAAACCUCCAAAUAAGCUUGACACACAGAAUGAGGCAGGUGAGGUAAUACCAGAUACCUCAGAGAGUGGUUUAAAGGAAGUGGAGGAUGAAAAGCAGCUGAAGCUUGAGAAAAUGAUUGUUCAAAGAAGUCUUGAAGCAGAUUCUUCGGAGGCAGAUGAAGAGAGAGUGGUGGUCACCAUGGGCUUCCAUGGUAGCAAGAAGAGGGACAGGAAACAUUUUCGUCCUAAAGCUAGCCAUGAUGAAGGGGAGGAAGAAUCAUAAAAGCUGAAGUUAACACAUCUUUCCAGAAGUGUUUUUUCCCUGAAAAUAUUUCAUUGUUUGCAUGAGUUUUGGCAAGUUGCUUGUUUUGUUUAGCAUGUUUAGCAAUUUUUUUGGAGCUGUGACCUAAAAUAUCCAAAACAUUCCAUUUAACCCAUCCCUCUAUGUCUAGAAUCAAAACUAGGUGAUUUUCAUAUUUUUAGGUUUUGUUUGAGGUGUUCUGGAAAUGCCUACUGAGGUUCUACCUGUGGGAGCAGUCAGUUUUUUUUAUGAGUUGUGGUGCAAUUCAUAUGACUGUGUAUCCUGUUCAGAUUUUGGUGAGCUGCUGCUUUGUUCAUCCAUUAACUUUUUUGGGAUCCUAUCAAUGAAUAUCUUAAAGACUGCAUCAACCCAUUGUUGACAAAAUAUAUUGUGUCGAUGAGGUCCAAGAUGCAUCAGUGUGGGGGUGGUUGCAUAUGCUUGACUGGCAGCAUGUGAAACAAAGAUUUCCGCAAUGCCAGUGAAAAUAAGCACACAGUAUACAACGUGCCAUUAUGUUGUGGAGAGAUAGAGUGGAGGAUGCAUGUUGCAAAGGGCAGCAUGGAUGGUAUCUUGUUUCUCUGUCAUAUGGCAUUUGGCAACAGACGGUUAGUAUCAUGGAAGUAAGACUUGGAGAAGUGCACGGAGAAGUUUCUUAAAGCACAUUAUCAGCAAGUGCAGGACUAGAAUUCAUUGGCUAAUGAAAAAUGGAGAAAGAUCUCAGUCCUGAAUUAGCACCAACUGUUGCCAUACAACAAUGACAUUUCCAUCUGUAUAUCCAAGAGCUGCACAUUCAAGAGCAGUGAUUUCACAUUAACUCAAUCGGAUUUGUUUGGAGGAGAAUUCAAAUGGUCUUAUGAAUAAAUCUACCAUAAGAUCUUUUUCUUAGUUCUCUGUGUCAAUAAAACUUUACAUCACUGCA